UGCAAAUCACCAACUAAAAAUCUGCCCGGUUGCUUCUACUAUUUCUCGAGUCCUCCGAGUCCUCUUGUUCCAAGUAAGUUUCUUUCUUCCCUCUUUUCUUUGAGUCAUGUCUGACCGCGAAGAUAGCCAGAACCCUUCCAUCCACUCUUAUGGUUCUGAGCGCCCGGCUACUUCCCCACCGAAGAAGCCGGUCGACGCUCCCACUUAUGCCCCUUCUUCUUCUGCGGCACAAGAGGUCUCGGUCGCCCAGCCUGUGGAUGAGGGCUUCAUUCUGCUAGAUGACCGGUUGCUUCCGUCGCACAUGCAGAAGGCUCAAGUCCACGAGCUGCGCAAUCUGAUGCCGGAUGGGUACCAGUUGACCUACCGGGCUACGUGGAAGAAUAUUAUUUCUCUCCACGCCGGUACGAUGAUUGGUAUUCAUUACCACUCCAUCAGGGACUUGGGUGAAUUCUCUAUCCACCCUUUCAAAGUCCUUUUUCUUCGAAACAUACGGGAUCAUGCCCGGGCAGUUGGCCCCAAAUGGUCAUCGGGUUGGAAAGAUAAAUAUGUUUCCAUUAAAUUCCCCCCGGCGGCUUUCCCAUUCGCCCAAAACGCCUGGGGGAAGAGAAUGAAACGCCAGGUCAAACCCCGGGAGACCGAUGAUCUAGCCGCCUGGGAGACCACUCUCUGGGCCGGGGACGCCUCCACCCGCGGACCCUACAACGUUGGGAAGUGGGGGGUCUACCCCGGUCAGGAGACUGAUCCCGAGCCAGAGAUCGUUCUGACCGAAGGGAUCCCUCAUGCCAUCCCCCUCCGCCGGGUGAAAGGUUCUAAGGCCCUGGUCUCCACCACCGCCGGUCCCUCGCGCCCGGGGAAGAAGAAGAAGGAGAAAGUGGUGAAGUUCAACUCAAAGUUCGCCACCCCCAAGAUCGUUAUUGAGGAGCCCUCGACCGCCCAGCCCCUCAGCCAACCAUCCGUCCAGCCAUUCUCCCUGGACGAGCAGCCGGCCCCGUCUCACCAGGGGACCAGCCAGCCAAUCCACUCCGGGGAACUCUACAUCAAUGUAGAUACCCUGGAGUUCGACAAUAUGAUGGCGGAGACUGGCCACACGUCGGAGGCCGGUCUGGGUGGCCAACAAACGGCUGGAGGUGGCGAAGAAGAGGCCAUCGAAGAGGGCCUGCAGAGGAAAAGGCGGAGGGCCCAGACUGCGGAUCAGUCUGUCGGCCGGAUCGGCCACGAGUGGUUCACCCGGCUGGUGAAAUCCCGGGACGAGGAGAAGGCUCGGAUGGAAGGCAUGAUGGUAGAGUGCCGGAAGGAGGCCAAGACCGCUCAUGAGAAGGCGGAGAAGAAGCUGGUGGAGCACUGCGCGGUCUACCUCCAGCUCUACGCCAAGCAUGAAGGUCUUCUGAAGGCUGCAAAAGAGGUCGACGUGCAGGCUCAAGAAAAGAUCCAGAGGCUGGAGGCCGAGAAAGCCGCACUGCAAAAGGAGGCCUCUCGAUCGGCCGAGGAGAUUGCCCGGCUUGGGGACAAACUAGAGAAAGAGCGGGCUGAACGGGCUUCUCUCGCAGCAGCUUGGGCGAUUCAGGAGCCGGAGCAGUUUGCUAGCCGGGCCAUUGCUGACCGGGAUGCUGCCAUCCGGCUGGUCCAAGGGCUCUAUAAGCACGAGCCAUCACCCAAGGUCGUUGAUGAAAUCGCGACCUUUGGCUUUGAAAGUAGCCAAUAUGACAAACACCGAGCGUUGUACGGCAUCCUUGAGCAGCGGAUCGAAGGUUUCGAGCCCAAGACCUCCUUGCCCGGGCUGCAUGACGAGGCGCCGGUUCCGCCCUUCCCAGGGAUCUGACUUCCUAGCCUUCUUCUCUUGUUUUUUUAUUUUCAUAUGUAAUGAUCGGCCUCCGGGCACUUUUGUAAAACAUUAAUGGGUUAAUGAAAAUCUUGUUUCCAU